AUGGCGGUGUUCUUAAAUUGUCGUACCGUCGUCGUAUUCUCUGUGACUUUCCUCUUGGUUCAAGUUUCUGAUGGCGCAAUACAGGGAGGAAUGCUUUACCCAAGGGAAUCGGAAUCAAGAGAAAGCAAAGACCUGAGUGGGAUGUGGAAUUUCCGUGCUGAUAUGUCGUCAAAGAGAAAUGCUGGAUUUGAACAUCAGUGGCAGAAACAGGCACUAUCAAAGACUGGUCCUGUUAUAGAUAUGCCAGUGCCAUCAAGUUUUAAUGACAUUACCCAAGACAAGUUAUUAAGAGAUUUUGUUGGCUGGGUAUGGUACGACAGGGAAUUCUAUCCUCCAUAUACUUGGCAGAACACGAAUCAGCGAGUUGUAGUGAGAUUUGAAAGUGCACAUUAUUAUACAAUAGUAUGGCUGAAUGGAGUGGAAAUAAUGAUGCAUGAUGGUGGUCAUUUACCAUUUGAAAGUGAAAUCACUGAUAUUGUAUUAUAUGGCAAAUCUAACAGACUAACAGUAGCUGUGAAUAAUACAUUGUCUCCACAUUCAUUACCUCCAGGAACUAUUGAAUAUAAAACAGAUAGAAAUAAGUAUCCUGCUGGUUACUUUGUACAGAACCUACAGAUGGAUUUCUUUAACUAUGCAGGGAUUCAGCGACCAGUUAAGCUGUAUACCACACCAAAAGCAUACAUUGAUGAUAUAUCCAUAGUAACAGACAUUGAAGGAGCAGCUGGUUUUGUAAAUUAUGAUGUCAAAGUCUUAGGUAAUGGUAAAAACAAUGUGUCAUCAGUAGUGAAUAUUUUAGAUAAAGAUGGUAAUAUUGUAGCCAGUAAGAAAGAUGACUUGUCAAGUCAGCUGUCUGUCUCCAGUGCUCAUUUCUGGUGGCCAUACACAAUGAGUAACGUGUCAGCUUAUAUGUAUAUACUACAGGUGUCCAUCACGUCAGAUGGUACUAGUGAUGUGUACCGUUUACCAUUUGGGAUAAGGACCAUUAGAACAACUUCUACCCAGAUACUUAUCAACAACAAAUCCUUUUAUUGCCUUGGUGUUGGCAAACAUGAAGAUUCUGAUGAGAACUUUAGCAACAAGUCACUGACCCACCAUCUUGAAGUAAUGGACGAAUUGGUGAGAAGAGAUAAAAAUAGACCAUCAGUUAUUAUGUGGUCUGUAGCCAAUGAACCAGCCUCUGAGUAUCCCCAGGCAGAGGCAUAUUUUAAAACUGUCAUCACUCAUACGCGGCAAAUUGAUCCCAGUUCAAGACCAGUAACAUUUGUAUGUAACCAUGGAUAUGAUUCUGACCUUGCUACCCAGUUUGUUGAUGUGGUAUGUAUCAACAGUUACUUUGGCUGGUAUGAAGACACAGGACAUCCUGAAGUAAUCCAACUACAGUUAGAAUAUAACCUACGUGAGUGGUACAAAAAACGAAAUAAACCCAUUAUACAGACUGAAUACGGUGCUGGAAGUGUUAUUGGAAUACAUCUGGAUCCCGGCAUGGCUUAUUCUGAAGACUAUCAAGUUGAUGUCCUCAAGGAACACUUCAAGAUUUUUGACAAAUUAAGAAAAGAGUUUCUUGUAGGAGAGAUGAUUUGGAACUUUGCUGAUUUUAUGACGGCUCAAGACCCAAAAAGAGUUGCUGGAAACAGAAAGGGAGUUUUUACAAGACAAAGGCAACCCAAAAUGGCGGCUUAUCAGCUGCGUGAGCGCUAUCAGUCUGUCAUCAAUGAAACGCGAUAUCACUGGUUGGCAGUAAAGUCUGCUACCACUACCAAUGCAAUAUCACUUGUAGGAAGUAAAGUCAGCUACCAAUGCGAUAUCACUGGUAGGAAGUAA